AAAUCGAAGAAGAUUUUAUUCUCUGUACUAUAUGAACAAUCCAAAAUAUUCAAAGCGCCUGAAAUUAUCGACGAAACAAACGGAUCGAUAAAUACGAUGGAAUUAUUAAAAAUGUCAUCGUUACGAAGAGGAAGCGUCAUGACCAUCGGAUCUCGCGUGACCUUUGCUCCGCAAGAGGAAGAGUCGAAUUACGAUGAAAUGUCCGACGAGGAGCUACGACAAUCUUUAGAGCAGACAAUUCGCACGAAUCGGAUGCUACAAUUAGAGAAUGACAUAUUUGAACGUUAUUUAACACGUCACGAUCCUCAGUGUCUUCAAACAAUGACUCAAGUAUUGGAAUCUGCUAGACAAAGGCAAAGACUAGCGUCGCAGAUUCAUCCGAUCUCUUCUGCUAUGAGUUUAUCCGGAAGUGUUACUGGUUUCAGCAUCCCUAGAGGAACAAUUGGUUCGCCAACUAUCAGUAGUGGUCCACCCGAAAGUAUACGAUAUACUCAACCCAUUGCACCGACACGAGGAAUCAAGAUCACGUUGAAUCACCGAAUAGAAAUGACGAACAAGGAAAUUGAUGAAAUGAAAAAGUCUUUGGUGGAUUUGGAAAAACUUGCUGCUAAAACGAGAAUGGAUUUAAGAGCAAGAACGGAAGAAAUUGAACUUCGGAUCAGGGAGACGAACGAGGCUAGAGUAGAACUCGAAGAGAAAUUGGUAAAACGUGGUGUGGAUCCAUUGACUGGUAAAAUUCCAGCUGAAAGAUUUAUGAGAUUCAUGGAAGAAUGGUUUAAGGCUGCUGAUAGUAUGAUUGAGAAACUUAGACUGAAAAGUUCUAAUCUGAUAAUGCAAAUAAAAAAAGCUAAGCAAGAAUUGAUCCAACGGGAAGAACUUGGUAAAACUCUUCACGCUAUUGAUUUUGAACAAUUGGCUAUACAGAAUCAGGAUUAUGUAAAGAAGAUCGAAGAGAAGAAUCGCUACUUGUUGGAAAUGAAGAAGAUUACAGGUCGCUACAGUUUGGAAUUGACAAAUCGCAAACAAAAGCUUAAAGACCAAUUUUUUACGGUUACACAAAUAAGAAGAGGAAUUAGCCAAAAACAAAACCAAAUAGAAAAAUUAGAAAGUCUUCAAAAAACUACUGAACAUGAAGUGAAUGAGGCUAGUAAACAAUUGGCUGUCAUCAUACAGCUAAUAGACGAAUAUACAGCUCCCGAUGUUCUUGAAUUUGUUAAAAUUCAGGCUGAGUUGCGGGAAAUGAAAAAAACAUAUAAACGUCUUGACAGACACAGACAAAUUCAGCAAGUCGCCAUUAAAUCGUGUAAAAAGGAAAUGAAACAAGUUGCAACCAAACAAGUGAUACAUGAACCAAUAAGGAGAAUCACACAAGAUUACAUUUAAACUAAAAUACUAAAAAAAAGUCAGAGCAGAAGAUAAAA